GAAUCUCACAACUCACAAGCAGUGCUGAUGAUUUGUCUCUCCAUCAACCUUGUAAAAAUACCUCAAAAACCAUAGACUAAACAAGAAAAAAAAAAAAGGAAAAUUCAUAGUAGCAGAAGAAUUGUAAGAAAGAAAUAUGGAAGUGGCUAUGUCUUUGAAUCCACUGGUUAGAUUACCCCUUUCAAAUUCAAGAACCCAUGAAGAUUUUUCAAUUGUUAAACAUUCAGUUUUCUCCUCAAGAACAACAACAACUCAGAAGCAGAGGCAGUUACAUGGUGGAAGAUUGUUAGUGGUUGAAGCAAAAGGAAAGAAAGGAGGAAUGGCAGCUCGUCAGUACCAACGUAUGGCUCCUCCUAUUCCCAAGAUUGAAGAUGAUGGCAACCCCAAAUUCGUUAUCUUUGUUCGCAUGGCCAAUGUUUAUCUUUGGUACCCCCUGAAUAUUGUAACCGGUGGCACAACUGCAAAAAUAAUGGUUGCUGCAAAAGACAACUUCCUAGGGAAAUACAUAUACAAAGAUACUCUAGCUAGGAAUCUCGCGGCAGUGAUUUACAAUGAUGAAAAGAAUAUACAGAAAUUGGCAAUGAAACAGCACCGUGUAUUGAAGUCAGCGACAGAAUUUAGAUAUGGAUACAAACUUGUGGAGAAUAACAAUUUGAGGGCUGCCCUCUCUACUACAGAUGUGAUUGAGCUUCCGACCCCGGAUCAGCUUAAAACAGUCGUUGAUAAGGUCAAGGACUUCUUCGGAGAUGCUAAAGAGUCAUUUGGUAAGCUGACAGCCCUUCCGACGUCCGAGUCAUCAGAGGAAGAUUCACCAAAAGAAGGAUCCAAAUAGAAGAUUCACCAUAAGUACUGCAGAACUUAGAUGUCAUAUGGAUGUUUGUUGUCACAUGCACUUUUUCUUCGACCUACUGCAUUUACCAUUCUUAAAUCAGCAGGGCCAAGAACUGAUAACGCGCUGUGGAAGAUGAGGAACUAUACUUUAAAGCAUACUUGUUAAACUAUCAAAAAGUUUCCAGCCCUUGAUUUUCCAUGUUUUUGGUUGAUUGGAGUGAGUUAUACUUGACAAACUCUACUGGAUUUUUUGUUUAAUACUGUUCAUUUCAUAGUAUAAAAUGCAGCAGUACUCUAAUUAGUUUAUUGUUAA